CACACUCGCAUCCACCUCUGUCUCUCUCCCUCUGUCUCUCUCCAUCUCUCUGUCCCUCUCAGUCUGUUUGCCUUUGUAUAUGACCAUAUCUACCUUGCACUACCGUUGCGCACGGAUUAAAGGAACUAAACCGAAACUUUAUCGAGGAAAAACUUUACAUACUUUGAUUUUAUUUCUUUAUCCGACUUUUCUCAUUCAUUCACUUCUUUUUUCAUUCAUUCAAACGCAAUCCGCUCAGCCUGCUGCCUAUCCUCCGUCAGUCUUUUCAAGAGGACAGUCAAGGAAAGAAGAAGACAUUUGGAGCACGUGACUCUUUCGGGACCUGUAUUAUUUAUUAAUUUUGAGUUUGUUUAUUUAUUUAUUUAUCUAUCCAACUGACUAUUUAUAGAAAGCCUACUGUUUAUUUAUUUUGGUGCGCACGCUUGGGAUCCGAACAAAUAUGAAAUUGUUGGUCGACUCCUCCUCCUCCUUGCUCCUGUCUCUGCUCUUGGCCCAGUUGCCUUUGUUUACAUCUGGACAGCCCAGGCGUUUCCAUGUCCACAACGACUUCGACAAGCUCACCAAUCAGACAAGGCAUCUGCUGAAACUCACGCAGGAUCUCAUGAAAGAACACUCCCUUGACACGGAGAUUGAGAACCACAGAUUCAAGUCUCUGCCAUCAAUGGGCAACAGGGCCACAGAUCUCAGCUCUCUCGAGCUGAAGCCCACUCUUUCCCAGCUCCACGCCGACCUCAAGUCUUUCGAGCAUCAUUUCGAGUGGCUGCACAGAAUCUCACGGAAGCACCAGCACGCCUCCAUACCCAAGCUGCUCGAAAUCAUCUCACAGAUCAAAACUCUGGUCAACUCUCUGCAACGUCAGAUGGGCAAGAUCGAGGCCCCCCGGAUCCCCCUUCCCUCCCCAUCUCUGCCACCGCACCCGGCCUUCCACUGGGAGGUAGUGCAGUCCUCCCUGGAGCUCCUCCAGCAGUUCCGCCUCUUCUGUGACUGGGCCACGAGGGCUUUCCUAACCUUGAAGUCAAAGGUUCAGCAAUGAUGAGGCGGGAGGAGAUGAAAUCUCUGCACCAUCACUGUCUGCUCUUGUCCAACUGUCAUCACUUUAAAAAAAACAUGGCUCUGUUUCCUGGCUUUGCCGCAUCCAUCACCAAGUCUGCUGUCUCAGAACAUCAGUACAACAUCUUUGCAUCAGUAGUAGAGUUUUGCACCGUAAUUCAGAUCAAUGUGCGGUUUCCUAUGAGGAUCUCAUAUUUGAAUAACUGAACUGUGCAAUUGGAUUAGCGUCAGUUUAGAUGGCAUGAUUGACCUGUACGUGAACAUCACAUCACCUCUCCGGUACUGGCUGUUCGUCUAUGGAGUCAACUGCAGCACGCAUAAUCUGAAGCACCACGACCACCGCAGCAAGACAUCCCUUUAACCUUUGACCCUAGAGACAUCUCAGCCAAUGGCACGGCUUCGUUCUUAUCGCCAGCAGUGGGCCAUUACAGUUGCCUUACUCCUUGGUUCACCUUCUUG